CCGCAGAACUGACUGACUCCAUCUUUGCGCCACUACUCCAUGUGGAGUUACUGCCCUGUUUAGUGUUAUAGUUUUGCCGCUGGACUCUUCCCUCCCUCCCCCCACCCCAUCAGGAUGAUAUGAGACUUGAAAGAAGACGAUGCAUACAGGAGGAGAGACUUCAGCAUGCAAACCUUCAUCUGUUCGGCUCGCACCGUCAUUUUCAUUCCACGCUGCUGGCCUUCAGAUGGCUGGACAGAUGCCCCAUUCACAUCAGUACAGUGACCGUCGCCAGCCAAACAUAAGUGACCAGCAGCUUCCUGCCUUAUCAUAUUCUGACCAGAUUCAGCAACCUCUACCUAACCAGGUGAUGCCUGACAUUGUCAUGUUACAGAGGCGGAUGCCCCAAACCUUCCGUGAUCCAGCAGCUGCUCCUCUGAGGAAACUUUCUGUCGACUUGAUCAAAACAUACAAGCAUAUUAAUGAGGUUUACUAUGCAAAAAAGAAGCGAAGACACCAACAAGGCCAGGGAGACGAUUCCAGUCAUAAGAAGGAGCGGAAGGUUUACAACGAUGGUUAUGAUGACGAUAACUAUGAUUAUAUUGUGAAAAACGGAGAAAAGUGGAUGGACCGUUAUGAAAUUGACUCCUUAAUAGGCAAAGGUUCAUUUGGACAGGUCGUGAAAGCAUAUGAUAGAGUUGAGCAGGAAUGGGUAGCCAUUAAAAUCAUAAAGAACAAGAAGGCGUUUCUGAACCAAGCGCAGAUAGAAGUGCGGCUGCUUGAGCUCAUGAACAAACACGACACGGAGAUGAAGUACUACAUAGUGCAUUUGAAGCGUCACUUUAUGUUUCGAAACCAUCUCUGUUUAGUCUUUGAAAUGCUGUCCUAUAAUCUCUAUGAUUUGUUGAGGAACACCAACUUCCGAGGGGUCUCAUUGAACCUAACACGAAAGUUUGCACAACAGAUGUGCACAGCGUUGCUUUUCCUUGCGACGCCAGAACUGAGUAUCAUUCACUGUGACCUAAAGCCUGAGAACAUCCUCCUGUGCAACCCCAAACGGAGUGCAAUCAAGAUUGUUGACUUUGGCAGCUCCUGUCAGCUGGGGCAGAGGAUAUACCAGUAUAUUCAGAGUCGCUUUUAUCGGUCUCCAGAGGUGCUACUGGGAAUGCCUUAUGACCUGGCUAUCGACAUGUGGUCCCUUGGCUGUAUCUUGGUUGAGAUGCACACUGGAGAGCCGCUGUUCAGUGGUGCCAAUGAGGUAGAUCAGAUGAAUAAAAUAGUGGAGGUUUUGGGCAUCCCACCUGCUCAUAUUCUUGACCAAGCACCAAAAGCAAGAAAGUUCUUUGAGAAGUUGCCUGAUGGCACUUGGAACUUAAAGAAGACCAAAGAUGGAAAACGGGAGUACAAACCACCAGGCACCCGUAAGCUGCAUAAUAUUCUUGGAGUAGAAACAGGAGGACCUGGCGGACGGCGUGCUGGGGAAUCGGGUCAUACUGUAGCUGACUACUUGAAGUUCAAAGACCUCAUUUUAAGGAUGCUUGAUUAUGACCCCAAAACUCGGAUCCAACCUUAUUAUGCCCUGCAGCACAGUUUUUUCAAGAAGACAGCGGAUGAAGGUACAAACACGAGUAACAGUGUGUCCACCAGCCCUGCGAUGGAGCAGUCUCAGUCUUCAGGCACCACGUCCAGCACGUCUUCCAGCUCAGGUGGCUCCUCGGGAACGAGCAACAGCGGGCGAGCCAGGUCGGACCCCACGCACCAGCACCGGCACAGCGGGGGGCACUUCACUGCCACUGUGCAGGCCAUGGACUGCGAGACGCACAGUCCCCAGGUGCGCCAGCAGUUUCCAGCUCCUCUGGGCUGGUCAGGCACUGAAGCUCCCACACAAGUCACUGUUGAAACUCAUCCCGUUCAAGAGACAACCUUUCAUGUAGCCCCUCAGCCGAAUGCAUUGCAUCAUCACCAUGGAAACAGUUCCCAUCACCACCACCACCACCAUCACCACCACCACCACCACGGACAGCAAGCCUUGGGUAGCCGGACCAGGCCAAGGGUCUACAAUUCUCCAACAAAUAGCUCCUCUACCCAGGAUUCUAUGGAGGUUGGCCACAGCCACCACUCCAUGACAUCCCUGUCUUCCUCAACGACCUCCUCCUCCACAUCUUCCUCCUCCACCGGGAACCAAGGCAACCAGGCCUACCAGAACCGCCCAGUGGCUGCUAACACCUUGGACUUUGGACAGAACGGAGCUAUGGACGUUAAUUUGACCGUCUACUCCAAUCCCCGCCAGGAGACUGGCAUAGCUGGACAUCCGACGUACCAGUUUUCAGCUAAUACAGGUCCUGCACAUUACAUGACUGAAGGACAUCUGACGAUGAGGCAAGGGGCCGAUAGAGAGGAGUCUCCCAUGACAGGAGUCUGUGUGCAGCAGAGCCCUGUAGCUAGCUCGUGACUACACUGAAACUUGAGUUUGUUUCUUGUGUGUUUUUAUAGAAGUGGUGUUUUUUCCCAAAAACAAAGUGCAAAGCUGCUUGAAUCAGAAGGAGGUUAACACACUGAACCGCUGCAAGAGGGCAGAGCUGACUUUUUUUUUUAACUUGAAAAGAUUGCAAAGGGACAAUGAAGUUUUUAAGAGCCAUGUCCACCCAUCCUCAUGGAGCGCUCAGAGGUGUCCUCUUUUUGCCUCCCCCGUUUAACUUGCCAUCUCCCAGUCAUAGUGGGUUUUGUCUUUCUAUCCAACAAAAGUUAAUGUUCAGAUGUUGGUCUCGGUCAUUUGCCAACCAAUUUUAAAAUAAAAAGGCACUGCACAUAAUUUGCAUAAAGGGCCCCAUAAGGGUGGUUUUUUGUUUUUUUGUUUUUUUUUUUUUUUUGUUUGUUUGUUUGUUUUGUUUUGGGGGGGUAUUUUUUGGUUUUUUGUUUUUGUUUUGUUUUUUUUUCCAUUUUUAUUUUUUCCUUCCUCCCCUGUUUUGUUUUGCUCUGUUUUGGGUUGGGGGUGGGGUGGGAAAUUUGGGUUUUUAUGUCCUCUCCACACUUGGGCACGGAAACGCAGUACUGUAAGGAAGAGGGGCCUCCAGCUCACACCGUCAUCCUCAGCUGUGUGAAAAGGGACGAUGUGUUGGAGUCUGUAAGGCACAGUAAGCUCAGUGGCGGGGAUCAGGACUCUCCUGCCGACCUACCGAGGAGCAAAGCAGCAAGUGCUCGGGACCCUGUGCUCUCCUGGUGGAGAGGCCACAGGAAGAUAGGAUGGAACGUGACUGGUCUCCUAACGAGGCACACUGAGGAGCAAUCAGCGGGUCGCUUGUGGCCAGUCCUGGGGAGGUCUGAGUGGUGGUCCUUGGGAUAACCUUUGGCCUUAUGGAUUUGGACUCGAAGUUAGAAGAGCCUGCCGUUUCAGAUGCAAUCACUUGUGGACAUGCUUUUGCAGACAGUCCUUAAUGCUGAAAACACAGAGAAUGGGUAACUCAAGAGGCCUUUCUUUUACCAUAGACGUUGUGACCCACUAAUUGUAAGGGAUUGCAAGGUCACUUUGCGUGUGUCAUAAAGCUGACUUCCUUAUUGGUUGGAGGCCACAGAGGUAGUGGUGUGCUCUGAUGGAAAUAGCUACAGCUGUGUCCCUUCCUGCUUUUUACCUUUUCUUUGGCUUUUUCUCGGCACGUGGUGUCUUCACCAUUUCUUCUGCACACAGACGUCUUCUGUUCAUCCUGAACAUUUUAAAAUGCAGAUUUUAUGUGACUGCUUUUUUGCCUCACAAUUAUGCUGUGAAUUUUACAAAAAUUUAUUUUCUUUUUUGAUAAUUUAUUGUACCAAAGCUGUUUUUAUAGCACAUAGAUGUCUGUAACCAAUAAUGUAGCAGUUGUGCACUCUGACACACGGUGUAACUAGACCAUUUUUAAAUGUCAGUUGAAAUUAUGGCUGUACUAUUGCUUAAACAAAACUGGAACUGUUGUUGAGUCCAUAGCCAAUACAUUUACAGCAAUCUGUACUGGACAGACUAGAUUGACAUCUGAUUCAAGAUCACAACACCUGUCACAUUCUAAAUGUGUCCAGGCUUCUGAAGGGAGGGGGCGAGGGAGCCAGCAGCUGUGGGGCCAGCAGCUGAGUCUUGUGUUCCUGAUUAACUUACCUGUAAACCUGAACCCAAGACCUUGAUUGCCCCAGCAGGUCCACAGUAGUUGCAGGAGAAGGCAGAGCUGAGCACUACCUGAAGGGAGCAGGCUGCCGUUAGCGGUUGCCUCCUCUGGGGAAGACGCUGCCUUCAUGUAACACAGUCUGGCAGUGGCUAAAUUUGUGUUCCCAUUUAAAUUGAGCAAUUGUAGGGUGUUGAAUUGGGAGAGUGAAGGCGUAGUCAUUUCCCUGUCCAGGAUCAAAAGAAGCCUAGAAAGAAGCAGUAACCUACCUCUGCCGACAAGCCUGUUGGAAGCAACUCAGCAGAACACCAUGUUACUUUUUAUUGCUCAACUCCAUGUGGCUGAUUAGGCCAACUUUUUUUUUUUUUUUCUUCUGAGCAAAAGCAGGUUUUUAUCUAUAUACAGUGACAAAAGAAAGGCCUAAAACUCUGUGAAUGUGAGAGGAGACUUGGAGAGCCCCGUUUUUAUACAAACACACUUGGUUGUUAAUCAGGAAAUCCAUAUUUAUUUUGUGAUUACAUGUCAAGCCUGUGGAUUGUUUUGAACUUGGUAGUUGAUGAGCUUACGUGAAUGAGGGCGUCACCUCGAGCACAGCACUGUCAGGAGGACUCACGCUGCUGUAGGACCCAGACCCCACACCGGUGGCUCCGGUCAUUCUCUCUCUCUCUGCGGGUUGCCACAUUUCAGCAAGCACCAAAAAAGAAAGCCGUUUUUAAACGGAAAUUACAAGAAGAAAACCACAGUCCAGUGCUUCUGCACACUGUGCUACGUUGCAGUCCAGUUUUGUGUGCUUUCCUACACAGUUUGGUUACAGGACUCUGUGCUUCGUAAACAUAAACAGCAUGGAAAAGGCUAAAUACCUGUGUUCAGAUUGUAAGAUCUAGUCCGGACUUGCUGUGUAUAUUGUAACGUUAAAUGAAAAAGACCCCCUUUGUAUUAUAGUCAUGCGGUCUUAUGUAUGAUAAACAGUUGAAUAAUUUGUCCUCA